GGGAAACGGAGUCCGGCGGCCCGCAGCGCCGGUUUGGCUCCGCGAGGGGUAAACUCAGUUUCCCAGAUGGCGCUGCGGGAACCGGGGGAAGUGCCACUGUCCCGGAGGGUUUGAACCGGACGGCGGCAGUAGCGGUUGGGACUGGUUUGGUGUGAUGACACCCGUGUCCGGCGCUUGGGGAGUCCUCGAUCAGGAUCCGGCACCCCUCAACUCCCACUUGAUAUUUGCGAAUCCGGGUGUCCAGUCCCCUCCCCCCCGCUUCCCUAAGCGCGCUGCGCACCUCAUCCCAGAGUAGCUCUGGUUGAAACUGCUUCGCUUCUCCUCGUCUUUUUUGAACUGACGUGGUUGCCUCUUCCUGGGCUUGUGCUUCUGCUGUCUUAGGCUGCCCGAGCAAAGACACGAAAUACCGGGUAGUUUGAUCCCCGCCCCAGGCUAUAAUGAGUAGGGGCCUGAGCUGGUCUGAGCAGUUCGACGCGCUUCUCAGUGCUACUGACGGGAAUGUGGCCCGCAUUAAGCAGCGGCUGUACCCUCACGGGAUUUCCACCACAGCAGGAGACCUAUUAAGAACCUCGGUUUCCCCUCAUUACUUGUCUCACCCGGAGUCAGGAGUCCAAGCUCAACAGUCUCGGGCUCUGGAGACACCACUUGUCCCAGAAAAGCUGAGGUGGGCUAAUGCCCCUAAUGCAUCUUCUCUCUGGGAUGAAAUGACUGUUCUCAGAUCCCAGCUUCGAUCCCAGGAGCAGUCAACUGAGACACUGAGGUCAACCAUGCAGGACCUGUUGGGCGAGCAAGAGCAUCAGAAGUCCCAGAUCUGUUCCCUGGAAGCAUCAGUAAAGUUAUUGCAGGCGUCCCCAGCUGGGAGUGACCUUCUGGAACAGCGCCUGGAGGAGCUGAGAAAGGAACUGCAAGACCUUCGGAAUCAGAUGCGACCUCAAGAACACACAGGAACAGGAAAAUACUGUGCUUCCAGUAGCCGUUACCAAGAGCUGCAGAAUGAGCGACAGAUGCUGUGGGAGGAGUCAGAGGCCCUGAGGGAGGAACUGAAGUUGCUUCGAGACCAGCUGAGCCAGAAACAGGGACUAAUGCUGAAACAGAUGACUGAAGGGAGGCCAACUCAGACCCAAAGCUGGAAGAUUUUGGAGCAGUUGCAAAGUGGCCAAGAGGGCAGUGGUCAUACACUGGAGGAGACCAGGACAGCAGGCCAGGAUGACUGGCAGGAGGAUGAACUCAGGAGCUCAAGUCACGACCUCCAGAGUAAGCUCCCCCUGGCUGCCAGCUUUGCCAUGUCUCCUCCAUCUAACCCUGAAAUCAAUCUUCUAGGCAGUAACAGUAACUGGAAUCUUUUAAGGAAGUACGGUGGGGAUCUGCAGGGGAAUACCCUUUCUAACCUGGAGCUCAGCAGCUCACAGCUCCAGGUUCAGAGCCUUAAGCAGGAGGACCUUUCCCUUACGGGCUCCAAGAUGCUCCUGAGUGACCUGUAAAAAGAGAACCUGUAAGAAUAGUAAGAGGAAGUUUUUGCUCACUUUCCCCUCCAAGGAAGGAACUGUUCCUGACUCCCAGCCUGUUCCUGAUCAGCUGGUUUCUGCCCUUGCUAUAGAGGCUUGUUACUACCUGCCAAUCCCUGCCCAUCAACUUUAAUAAAAUGGUUCAAUCCGU